AUGAGUGACCUCCAAGAAAAAAAUACUAAAGCGACUCUGUAUAGACAGUCUUCUUCUUCAUCCUCAACGGAUCUUGAUGAUGGGCCGGCGCCGCUGAGAAAGAUGAUCGCGGUUACUUCUAUCGCCGCCGGUAUACAGUUCGGUUGGGCUCUUCAGUUGUCUCUCCUAACUCCGUACGUGCAACUUCUUGGUGUUCCACAUAAAUGGUCAUCUCUUAUUUGGCUAUGUGGUCCUGUGUCCGGCCUGCUUGUUCAGCCAACCGUCGGUUAUUUCAGUGACCGUUGUCAGUCGAGAUUCGGUCGUCGUCGUCCUUUCAUCGCCACCGGUGCUUUGCUUGUCGCCGUUGCUGUUUUCCUAAUCGGAUACGCGGCUGAUAUCGGACACAGAAUGGGAGACAAACUCGACGACCAUGUAAAGUCAAGUGCCGUCGGUAUCUUCGCUCUCGGUUUCUGGAUCCUUGACGUGGCUAACAACACUCUCCAAGGACCUUGUCGAGCUUUCCUCGGCGAUUUAGCAGCUGGAGACGCUAGGAAAACGCAAAUAGCAAACGCGUUUUUCUCUUUCUUCAUGGCCGUUGGAAACGUUUUGGGAUACGCGGCCGGAUCUUACACUCACCUCCACAAGAUCUUUCCUUUCACAGUGACUAAAGCAUGUGACAUCUAUUGCGCAAAUCUAAAGAGUUGUUUCUUCCUUUCCAUUACCCUCCUCGUCGUCGUCACCAGCAUAUCUCUUUGGUACGUAGAAGACAAACAAUGGUCGCCAAAGCCAGACUCCGAAGAAGACAAGAAAACUCCCUUCUUCGGCGAGAUCUUUGGAGCCUUCAAGGUGAUGAAACGUCCAAUGUGGAUGCUACUAAUCGUCACGUCUUUGAACUGGAUCGCAUGGUUCCCUUUCCUUUUGUUCGAUACUGACUGGAUGGGUCGUGAAAUUUACGGUGGAAUAUCAGAUGGAGAUGACAAGAUGAAGAGACUUUACAACAAAGGAGUUCACGUUGGUGCAUUGGGAUUGAUGCUUAACUCAGUCGUUCUUGGAGUCGUGUCCCUUGGUAUUGAAGCUGUUAGUAAGAAAAUUGGAGCUAAAAGGCUUUGGGGAGGUGUGAAUAUCAUUCUCGCCGGGUGUUUGGCAAUGACGGUUUUUUUUACUAAAAAGGCCGAGGAGCACCGGAGUAACUUCGGUGCAAUGGCCCUUCCCACUGAAGGCAUCAAAGCUGGAGCAUUGAGUCUCUUCGCAGUUCUUGGAAUUCCUCUAGCCAUUACUUUUAGUAUUCCGUUCGCACUAGCUUCCAUCAUCUCAAGUAGCAGCGGUGCUGGACAAGGACUCUCUCUUGGAGUUUUAAAUAUGUCGAUCGUGAUACCGCAAAUGAUUGUAUCAUUUGGUGCUGGUCCUGUUGAUGCAUUAUUUGGAGGUGGAAACUUACCAGGAUUUGUAGUCGGAGCAAUUGCAGCGGCUAUUAGUAGUGUUGUAGCAUUUACCGUUUUACCUUAA